AUGUCAUCCUUGUCCUUAUAUCCAGUGGACUUAACAGCUUUUCGAAGUUCAGUCAAAAAUGAGUCAAUUUUUUCUAAAUUUGGAUGUCCUGAUGAAUUGAUUUGUGACAAUGUUCCCUUCGGCAGCUUAUCGAUGAAAGAAUUUGCUAAAGAAUGGAAUUUUGAGAUUUUGUUGAGAAGUCCUCAAUACCCACAGUCAAACGGUUUAGCUGAAAAAGGUGUAGGCAUAGCAAAAAACUUGUUGAAAAAAUCCCUUGAGGAGGGAAAGGAUAUAUUUGGAGCAUUGCUUCAGUAUCGUAAUACGCCCCUAAAGCAUAUUAAUUAUUCACCGGCCCAACUUUUAAUGAGUCGGUCUUGUAAGACUAAGGUGCCUAUUUCAGCUGAACUGUUGAAGCCUACACUUUGCACCAAUGUUUCAGAUAGGCUUGAACACAGGUCACUUCAAAAUGAGUUGUACUUUAAUAAAAAUACAAGACCUUUGCCAGAUCUUAAGGAAGGGCAAAAUGUUACUGUUUAUAAUCAUGUCAAAAAAUACUGGCAGCCUGGCCAAAUUGUGAGGGAGCAUCAAAGUCCUCGGUCUUUUGUAGUCAAGACAGAGAAAGGAGAGAUUAUUAGAAGAAAUAGAAUAGAUUUAAGAAAAUCACAAAAUGAUUUCGAACUUGUAAAUGAUCAGGAAUUGUUGGAAUCUGGAGAGGCUUCUUCCCCAACAUUUACAAACAAUUCCGAAAGUAGUUAUAAGCCCAGCCCAGAACCCGCAAACCCCACACCUGACACCAUAAGUGGAAAAAACUGGAAAAGGUCCGAACCUCCAGACCUUCUGUGGUAUGAGAAAGAAGACUUAUUCUCGAAAAUUAAAGAACCAAAGGCUGCUAACACUCGCGGAGCAUGUUUUGUUCAAGAAACGAAACUUUUCGAGAAACAUUAA